AUGGACGGAAAGGAUAACAAGAGUGUCCUCUCUCACGAGGAGGAUGUCGCCAUCUCAGCUCCCGAGCUUGUUAAGGAUCAUGCUGCUCUUGCGCCUGAGGUUGCUCAGGAGAAGGCUGAUCUUGCCCCGGAGCUCGUUGAGCCGGCUGGUCGUGCGCAGAAAUCCGGUGCUAUGAAUAUCAUAGAGAAUCCUCUUGUGCGUGUUUCCAAGGAGCAAGCCAUCGCUGAUGCCCGCGCCUACGCCGAAUCCCACAAUAUGUCCGAGCACGCCGAUCUCUUCGGCCGCGCCGCUCUGGUCGCCCGAGACCCUAAAGGCUUUGAUUUAUUGACAGAGUUGGACGAGCAGGAGCGCACUGCUCUCGCAUACGAAAGAGAUCACAAAUGGCAUGGUCCUUACAUGCUUUGGUAUUCUAUCGCUCUAUGUGCUAUUGGAGCGGCUACUCAAGGAUGGGAUCAGACUGGAGCCAACGGAGCCAAUUUGUCAUUCCCUCAGGAGUUUGGCAUUGCUGGUAAAGGCAGAGAUGAAUGGAUUGUGGGAAUUGUGAACUCCAUCAUUUUCUUGACCGCCGGUCUGGUCGGUGCGUUUAUUGUCGAUCCUCUUAACCACUACUUGGGCCGAAGGGGCGAGAUUUUCGUCACUGCGCUCUGUCUCACUGCGACCCCAAUUGGCUCCGCUUUUGCGAAAUCGUGGCAGGGGCUGUUUGCUGCGCGCUUUGUUAUGGGCAUCGGUAUUGGCGCGAAGAACGCAACUGUGCCUAUCUAUUCUGCCGAGAUGGCUCCAGCUCGAAUUCGCGGUGCGCUUGUUAUGUUCUGGCAACUUUGGGUUGUAGCUGGUAUUUUCCUGGGUUUCGCUGCCAACGUUAUUGUCAAAGAUACUGGUGACAUCGCCUGGCGUCUCCAACUCGGCUCAGCGUUCAUUCCAUCAUUCAUUCUGGGACUUGGUAUUUUCUUCUGCCCUGAGUCCCCUCGUUGGCUUAUGAAACACGGGAGACAUGCUGAAGCAUUCCACUCUAUGAACCGCUUGCGAGCCCAUUCAAUCAUUGCUGCAAGGGAUUACUAUUACUCGUACAUCAUUUACCAGGAAGAACUCAAAGAGGCUCGAGGUGCUGGAUAUUUCUCCCGUAUGUGGGAUUGCUUUGCUGUGCCUAGAAUUAGGCGUGCGAACUACGGUGCUUCGACUGUCAUGAUCGCUCAGCAGAUGUGCGGUAUCAACAUUAUUUCUUUCUACAGUUCAAGCAUAUUUGAGAACGUUGGUUACACUGCCACUCAGGCUUUGUAUGCGUCUCUUGGUUACGGUGCUAUUCAAGUUGUCUUUACGAUCCCGACAUUGUUCCUCAUUGACACCAAGGGUCGACGAACAUUGACUCUGAUUACAUUCCCUCUCAUGUGCAUUUUCCUACUUGCAGCCGGCCUCUCCCUUUUGAAGACAGACGGUAGCCAGGGAGCCAGAAUUGGACCGGUUGUCCUGUUCGUCUACCUGUUCACUAUCGCUUACUCUCUUGGUGAAGGUCCAGUCGCUUUCCAGUACUCCGCCGAGGUUUUCCCUACUAUCCAGCGUGAGCAAGGAAUGGCUUGGGCCGUUUGCAUCAACAACACUUUCGCCGGUAUUCUCGGGUUGACGUUCCCUCGGAUGACAACCGUCAUGACCCCGACGGGUGCUUUCGGCUUCUACGCCGGACUCAACCUGAUCGCUUGGUUUAUGAUUUUCUGCUUCGUUAGAGAAACCAAGCAACUGACUCUCGAAGAAUUGGAUCAGGUCUUCUCAGUUCCCACCAAGAAAUUCAUCCACUACGAAUUGACCGUGUGGCUUCCUUGGUUCAUCAAGCACUACAUUUUCCGCCAGAAUAUCCCGAGACCCCCUCCUAUUAUCGCCACUGCUGAGGAAGCUUUGGCAGAGAAGCGUUCCUAG